CCAUGGAUGCGGAAGGUUUAAAAGAGAGGUUUUACGAGAUGUUUUCAUUAUAAUGUUGGAAAUCUCUACUAAACACAACAUUCAAACAAACCCUUCAGCGUAAAAUAACAGUCCAGGAGAGUUUACCAAUGUAAGAUAGAAAUCAGAUGUUUGUUUCCAUACAUUUUCUACCAGAACGAUGGUCUGAUAACCUGUCCUUGUGUAGAUACCAUUUUAGGUGCAAUAUUUCUUUCGACACAAGGAUAGCGUAAAAUAGUGGCUGAUAUUUUAUAUAUUCUUUUUCGUGUAAUGCCUGAGAAAAACACGUGGAAUAGGCGACCAUGGACCCUUCCCCACGUCCGGACGCAACCAAAGGUCCAUGUGCCAAAAGUGGACACUUACUUUAAAGAGAUAUCAGAGUGCCAGAAACAGUAUUCAAAGCUUCGCCUGACCCCCGAGGUUUCUAAACACUCCUCCUCCACGCUCCCCUUUCUCUUUCCGCGGUCCCAUACUACCUCAAAAAUUGAACUUAAACCCUCCUAUGCCAGAUCACCUCCAGCAACUCUGUCCCGCCAUACUACGAAACUGUCAUGGCAGUUGAAAAUGUCUGACAGUAGACCAAAUGAUUCUUUAGACUCGGAUAAUCUUCAACUGUCUGAACAUGCUGAAUCAGUGGACGAGGAAUCAGAUGAAAUGAAUCCUAUCAAAUUGUCAGAACAUUUACGUGAUUCUGGAUUCGGCGAUCCAAUAAUGUUAACGUGGUCAGCGAAAGAACAUCUAUCCAAAUUCAACCUUCCUAAAGGACGAAGAGCGAGAAAGCUUCCCUCUAACCCAUCACAAAGAGAAAAAAUAAAGGGAAGGGCUCGUUUAGACUAUGAAAUGGCAAAUAUGAGAGCCGUUGCCUUUUGUGAAAGACAAGCACCAAAGGUGUUUAGGACGGCUUCGGCAAAUAUGCGUAACAGGGAUGUCCAGUUUGUAGAACAGGAAGUGAAAGAAAAUAUACAGCGUGAAAUAGAGCUGGACGAAGAUGAUAAUGAUAGUAUUAUAGUGAUGAAAAUAGACCGCGAGGAACUGUUCCAGCGGGUCAAUACGUGGAUAGAGGAUGUGACGAAAUCACUGGCCAGCUAGGGAGGAAGUGACGUAGAAGAAACGAGUUUUACUGCUAUUCUAGUCAAUUGGAAGGCAUAAUUUUUAAAUUGACUGUGAUUAUUAUAUAGUAUGGCAUUACUGAUUGAAAGGGAUGGUGCUUUUCCUGUUAAUAUAACUGUACAAUAGGUACUCAUAUUCGAUAUCCAGCAAUAAUGCAUAUGACUACACUUAUCAAAUAUUGUUUACAAGCAUAAUUUAUUCUGACAUAAAACCUCUUCAUUGUAUAAUUAACUUAUAUU